AUGCAUAAGGUAGACCUCUUUACAGCUGGUGGCGUGACUGCUUAUAACGGUGCGUAUAGGCGGCAAUCGUUUAGCGCAGGAGGCGCUAAAGCAUCUGCUAUUCCGAUGCACAACUCACCGAGUAAAAGCAGGAUGAAUGACGACAAAACAAUUGUAGUGAAUAAGUCUACUAUCAAAAAUACCACUAUGGCCGAAAUAUUAAGAAAUGGUGAAGCUUUGAAAAAUGAAGAACCACCAGAGGCCUGGAUAAAAGUUCAAUAG